GGUGCUCCUCGCGGGGCCUUGUCUCUGUCGUCGGCUCGGCUGUGCCUGCGGCCCGCGGGGAGGGUCGGGGCCUGGCAGGAUUUUGUGUCUGACAGAUGUUAUGUAGAAGAGGCCGUGUUUGUACCGGCACUGAUGGGAGAAACAUACAGCACUGUCUAAGGGGGUUUCAUAGGGACUGGUGGUGUUUUGAGGAAGCAGCUUUAUCUCCGGCUUAGUUCCGUGUUCCUAUGGGACAGCGGUACUCGUGUAUAAAGAAUGGGAUUGUACUGCAGCACAGGAGGGGAAAUCCUAAACCAGGAGGAAAAGGUGGCGUUUGUGAAACACAGGAGGUUGUCAGCACUUAGUGUGGUCAUAUUUGGGCUCCUGCUGAUGAGUCAGGAAAGCACAGCCUGGUACAAUAUGGAAACAGAAGCCUGCCCUGGAGCUUGAUGAAGGGGAAGGAACAUAGGAACACCUGGCUAACAACUAACAAGGGUAUUGCAGUGGCAUAGGGGUGUCGUGAACAGCGUUGGUUCAGAUGUUGUGGCAAGUACUUGACAGUACUGGUUCCAGCUUGGUAUGUUGGCUUCUGUUUUCUCAUAGUUUUUGUUGAGAGAAAAUGACUGCAAUCAAGCACGCCUUACAGAGGGAUAUUUUCACUCCCAAUGAUGAACGCCUGCUGAGCAUUGUGAACGUGUGCAAAGCAGGCAAGAAGAAAAGAAACUGCUUUUUGUGUGCCACAGUGACAACAGAACGACCGGUGCAAGUAAAUGUGGUAAAGGUGAAAAAAUCUGACAAGGGAGAUUUCUACAAGCGGCAGACUGCGUGGGCACUUCGAGACCUCGCUGUUGUUGAUGCCAAAGAUGCUGUUAAAGAGAAUCCUGAAUUUGAUUUGCAUUUUGACAAAGUAUACAAAUGGGUUGCAAGCAGUGCAGUGGAGAAGAACACUUUCAUUUCAUGUAUCUGGAAGCUCAAUCAGAGAUACCUUAGAAAGAAAAUUGACUUUAUUAAUGUUAGUUCACAACUUUUGGAAGAACUGCCUAAAGUCGCAGAAGAAUCAGUUCCAAGUGGAGAAAAUCAAAGUGUAGCAGGAGGUGAUGAAGAGGCAGUGGAUGAAUACCAGGAAUUAAAUGCAAGAGAAGAACAGGAUAUUGAAAUAAUGAUGGAGGGGUGUGAAUACGCUAUCUCUAAUGCUGAAGCCUUUGCAGAGAAGUUGUCCAGAGAGCUGCAAGUUCUAGAUGGGGCAAAUAUCCAGUCAAUUAUGGCCUCAGAGAAACAGGUGAAUAUCUUGAUGAAGUUACUGGAUGAAGCUCUAAAGGAAGUGGACCAAAUUGAGUUAAAAUUAAGCAGUUAUGAAGAAAUGCUUCAGAGUGUAAAAGAGCAAAUGGAUCAAAUUUCAGAAAGUAAUCACCUAAUCCAUCUCAGCAACACAAAUAAUGUGAAGCUACUGUCAGAGAUAGAGUUCUUAGUGAAUCACAUGGAUUUGGCUAAAGGUCAUAUAAAGGCCCUUCAGGAGGGGGAUCUGACAUCUUCUCGAGGCAUUGAGGCCUGCACUAAUGCAGCAGAUGCCCUUCUGCAGUGUAUGAAUGUAUCUCUUCAUCCAGGGCAUGAUAUGCUUCAUGCAGUCAAACAGCAACAGCAGCGAUUUAGUGACUUGCGUGAGCAGUUUGCACGGAGACUUGCCAGCCAUUUGAACAGCGUAUUUGUUCAGCAGUUUACUCAGACCUUCUUUCAACUCUAUAACAAGUCUUCCUAUCUUUCAGUUCCAGGUCACGAUCAGAGUUCUACUCUUGCCCAGCACUCUGUUGAGUUGACGCUACCCAAUCACCAUCCAUUUCACAGAGAUUUGCUUCGCUAUGCAAAACUCAUGGAGUGGCUCAAGAACACAGAUUAUGGAAAAUAUGAAGGGUUAACAAAGAAUUACAUGGAUUAUUUAUCACGUCUAUAUGAAAGGGAAAUAAAAGAUUUCUUUGAAGUUGCCAAGAUCAAGAUGACAGGCACAACCAAAGAAGGAAAAAAGUUUGCUACACUGCCUCGAAAAGAAAGUGCUGUCAAACAGGAAACUGAGAGUCUUCAUGGAAGCUCUGGAAAAUUGACUGGAUCCACUUCUAGCCUAAAUAAACUCUCUGUUCAGAGUUCAGGAAAUCGUAGGUCUCAGUCAUCCUCACUGUUGGAUAUGGGAAACAUGUCUGCUUCUGAUCUUGACGUGGCUGAUAGAACAAAAUUUGAUAAGAUUUUUGAGCAAGUAUUAAGUGAACUAGAGCCCCUGUGUCUGGCAGAACAGGACUUCAUUAGUAAAUUUUUCAAACUACAGCAACAUCAGAGCAUCUCAGGAACAACGACGAAUGAAACAGAGGAAAUGGAUGGAGGAAAUUUAUCUCGUUCCUACAUUUCUGGUGUUCCACAGCCAGUAUCAUCUGAGAAGGACAUGAUCCGACAAAUGAUGACAAAAAUAUUUCGUUGUAUUGAACCUGAACUGAACAAUCUUAUAGCACUGGGGGACAAGAUUGAUAGCUUUAAUUCCCUUUAUAUGUUAGUUAAGAUGAGCCAUCACGUCUGGACUGCACAAAAUGUGGACCCAGCUUCCUUUCUCAGCACAACACUCGGAAAUGUUUUGGUGACUGUCAAAAGGAACUUUGAUAAAUGCAUUAGCAAUCAAAUGAAGCAGAUGGAUGAAGUAAAAAUCUCAAAGAAAAGUAAAGUCGGGAUCCUUCCAUUUGUUGCUGAAUUUGAAGAGUUUGCAGCCCUUGCUGAAUCAAUUUUCAAAAAUGCAGAACGACGAGGAGAUCUGGACAAAGCAUAUAUAAAACUUAUUAGAGCUGUUUUUAUCAGCGUUGAAAAAGUAGCUAAUGAAAGCCAGAAAACACCCAGAGAUGUGGUGAUGAUGGAGAAUUUCCAUCAUAUUUUUGCAACACUUUCUCGGUUGAAAAUUUCUUGUCUUGAAGCUGAGAAAAAAGAAGCCAAACUGAAAUACACCGAACAUCUUCAGUCUUAUGUAGUCUACUCACUUGGACAGCCUCUUGAAAAAUUAAAUCAUUUUUUUGAAGGCGUUGAAGCUCGCGUGGCCCAAGGUAUACGAGAAGAAGAAGUGAGCUAUCAACUGGCUUUUAAUAAACAAGAGCUUCGCAAAGUUAUAAAGGAGUAUCCUGGCAAAGAAGUCAAGAAGGGAUUGGAUAAUCUUUACAAGAAGGUAGACAAACAUCUCUGUGAAGAAGAAAACUUACUUCAGGUGGUGUGGCAUUCAAUGCAAGAUGAGUUCAUACGACAGUACAAGCACUUUGAAGGGCUGAUAGCUCGCUGCUAUCCUGGAUCAGGAAUUACUAUGGAAUUCACUAUACAGGAUAUUUUAGACUACUGCUCCAGUAUUGCACAAUCUCAUUAAGGUUCUAUAAAGGGACAGAGAAGCUAGCAAAGUCUGUGUCUGUAUUAUAAGGGAAUCAAACACUAAAGUCGCUGUUUGUUUUUAAAAGGUGCAUUUCGGUGUGUAUAUACAUCUAACUGUUGUGUAUGUAUGUGCUUCAACUGUCUUUCAGGGCAGAAUGAAACCUUUGGUCAUUCAUUGCUCUUCUACUGCAUUGAAACACUGUUUGAAAGCAUUAAUCUAUGAAACACUUUGUAUACAUUUUUCCCCUCCCCUAACACUCAAAUGCUGUUAUUUAUAAUUAAAAUAAUGUUGUCCUUGUUAAAAGCAGCAAGCACUACCUGUGUAGUACACAAAAGGGCACUGCCAUCUCCACUAAUGCUUUGUGUCUUGGAGAUUAUACGAGGAUUAACGGCUGCUAUAUGUCUUCCCAUCCUCACUGCAGACAGUGUGGGUGUGGGAUGUUGGGCAGUGGGAAUGAUGUGAUGUGCGGGCGGCUGUCCUUGAUUAAAUCUAUCCAUCGCAUUC